AUGGAGCAAAAACCUGGGGAUUUAGAGGGUCUUGUAGAGACUUCUACCAAGAUUCUCCAGACUGAAAAUGGUCAAGCUGCAGCCACGGUUCCUGCCACGACAGUUGAAUCCGAUGUACCUACCCCGCCAGAAGAGUUCCCGGACCCAGAAGAAGAUGACCUGGAUGAUUUGGAUGAUGAGUUCAUUCCGCCAAAAUCGGAAUCCAAAGCUCCUACAACUGGAAAGCCAUCAAUACCGACAACCGAACCCACGGACGCGACGAAUGGCCUUACAGAUGCACAGUUUGCGGAACAACUGGAGUCAAGUAUGGCCCAAUUAUUACAGGGCUUAGACAGUGAUCCAGAUAUGGCGGCACAAUUCCAAGAUAUGAUGAAGCAAUUUGGCGACUUAGGGUCUACUGAACCAAGCCAAGCAACAAAUCCUCUCCCUGCUUCUGAACCUGCAGCAAAAUCAAAAAGUACUGGAUCGAAAGCCGGAGCGUCGACUACCCCAAACGUUGGUGGAGAAGAGUCGUUUCAGGAAACGAUCAAAAAGACUAUGGAGCGCAUGCGUGAGUCUGGAGAUCAGGCUACGGCAGCGGCGAAUACAGAGUCGGGUGAUGAUAUGUUAGCGGAGAUUAUGAAAGCCAUGCAAUCAUCAGGCCUCGAUGGCGCCGAAGGCAGUGAAGAAGACUUUUCCAAAAUGCUGCUGGGCAUGAUGGAGCAAUUGACAAACAAGGAGAUCUUAUACGAGCCAAUGAAAGAGUUGGACGACAAAUACCCAGACUGGAUAGACAAGAAUGCUGGUAAAGUAGACGAGGCGGAUAUGAAGCGUUAUAAAGAGCAGCAAGUAUAUGUACGAGAAAUCACGGCGAGAUUUGAGAGAAAAGGGUACAGUGAUGAUAAUGCUGCGGAUCGUGAGUAUAUUGUAGAGAGAAUGCAAAAGAUGCAAGCAGCAGGCUCACCACCCCCCGAUCUUGUUGGCGAUAUGGCUGCAGCACAAGAAGCCUUCGGUGCGCCCGAAGAAGGUUGCCCUCAGCAGUAA